AUGAGCGCACUUCCCGAGACACACACCGCCGUCGUCUGGCACGGCCCGCGCGACGUCCGUGUCGAGCAGGUCGCUACGCCUCGGCUCCAGCACGCGGAUGACGCGAUUGUGAAGGUCCAGCUGGCCGGCCUGUGUGGAAGCGAUCUGCAUGUGUUCCGCGGCGAUGAGGACGUCGAUGAGCGGCAUACGUGUGGACACGAGCUCAUUGGGAUUGUCGUUGCGCUCGGAGAUAGCUUUGUGCCGGAUGCGUCUGAGAGUCGGCCCGCGCUGUAUAGGACGCUCAAGGUCGGUGAUGGUGUGGUGUGUCCGUUCACCGUAUCGUGUGGCGAAUGCGAGUUCUGCCGCCUCGGUCAAACCCAACGCUGCAUCCACUCCAUCCUCCUCGGUCAACCCAUCCUCCCCGGCGCCCAAGCCCAAUACAUCCGCAUCCCACACGCGGGCGGAUCGCUGUUCGCUCUUCCUCCCAACCUUUCGCAAGAGCUUCCCGCACCCGCGUUACUCCUUCUGGCCGACAUCCUGCCUACGGGUCUGUUCGUCGCCACUCAGGCGCUGAGCCAUGCCAAAAUCGCACCGGUGUUGACUGGAACGGCUUGGCCACCGAAGUUGGACGGGUACUUUGAUAGUGAGGUCGAUGCGCAGGCGGCUAUCAGGACUGAGGAUCGGGCGUUGCAGCUCGCUGUGGUCGGACUAGGCCCCGUAGGCCUCUGCGCGACCUUCGCCCUCCUCGACAUCCUCUCGCACCUCUCAGUCCCCUACAAACUCCUCGCAGUCGACCCGAACCCCGUCCGGCGCAGAAAACUCGAGUCGAUGCUCGCCGUCGUAUCCUCCUCCCCGUCCUCCCCCACAUCUCUCGGCGAGAUCUUCCUAUCCGACCAUAUGGACGCGCGGGGCAUCGUCAAAGGAUGGGGACGCGGGGGGUGCCACGCCGUGCUUGAAGUUGUUGGAAAUAACUCGGCGCUGACGACUGCGAUGGGUCUGCUCGCGCCGGCGGGUGUGCUGAGUUCGUGUGGGGUGCAUCAAGCUCCUCAAGUUCCCUUCACUGGUCGUGAACUGUAUAACGCGAAUGUGACGCUCGAAUUCGGCCGCUGCCCCGUCCGCGCGCUCUUCCCCGCCGCCCUCCGUCUCCUGCGCAAGCGCGCGGACGUUCUGGCGCAAGUUGGCGGGACGGGAUUGGUGGAGAGGGUUGUACCGCUCGAAAAUGCGCCCGAGGCGUAUGAGAAGUUUGAUAAGGGGGCAAGUGUUAGCGCAGAGAGAAGGAUGAACCACAAUGUACAAUCUACUUAUGCUCUAUCUAUCGGCGGUAUAUGA